UAAGUCUCCAGUCUCCAUCUACAGUAGAUCUACCUCGUACACCCAGUCCCUCGUCUACUUUCCCUCGCCUUCCCGGCUCUUUACGUAACUAUAUAUACACGACUCUAAUUACAUGCGUAUAUAUAUAAAACUUCGUGCUUUGCUCUCUGCACAUACUCUCUUUGCGUCAAAUUAUUUCUAUAUAGAGAUUUCUGUAUGGAUAGAUGAGAAGAUGGGCAGAGUGUCGGUGAUCGUCUACAUUACAGUAGCAAUACUACUCCUCAUCAUCGUCUCCCGCUCCUCCAACAAGUCCAACCACCCUCACCGCCACCACCGCCUUAGAAUCCGUUCCAACUUCAACUUAAAGGCGGAGCCCCACCGCCACCACGAACCUGUCGCUUUUGACCCGGUUAUAGCCGACAUCGAGCGCCGCCGUGAGGACAAGCAAUGGGAGCAACAGUUCUUUCAGAUCCACCACCCCGAGUUGCUGAUUCCAUACGAGACGAUUCACCCUGAGGCUCCUAAACACGAGUCCCAGCCCGAGCGGGAGGACUUCAUGAACGCUGAGGACUACGUGAAUGAUGAGGAACGGUUCAAUGUUACCAACAGGUUGGUGGUUUUGUUCCCCAAGAUCGAUGUGGACCCUGUGGAUGGGUACCUGAGUGAGAACGAACUGACUGAGUGGAACUUGCAGCAGAGCCAGCGGGAGGUUUUGCAUCGGACUGAAAGGGAGAUGGAGGUUCAUGAUAAGAAUAAAGAUGGGUUUGUGUCGUACGCUGAGUACGAGGCCCCCAGCUGGGUUAAAAACUCAGACAAUAAUUCUUUUGGAUAUGAUAUGGGCUGGUGGAAAGAGGAGCAUUUUAAUGCAUCUGACGUGGAUGGAGAUGGUCUUUUGAAUAUAACAGAGUUCAAUGACUUUCUUUAUCCGGCUGAUACAAAGAAUCCCAAAUUACUUCAGUGGUUGUGCAAGGAGGAGAUAAGGGAAAGGGAUAGUGACAGAGAUGGUAAGGUCAAUUUCAAAGAGUUUUUCCACGGGCUCUUUGGGCUGGUGAGAAAUUAUGAUGAAGAAGGGCAUAAUUCUUCACAUGAGUCUGGUGAUACGUUGGAGGCCCCAGCUAAGAUAUUGUUUGCGCAGCUUGACAAAGAUGGUGACGGAUAUUUGUCCCAUGAAGAAUUAUUACCCAUUAUUGGAAAACUUCAUCCAUCGGGGCGGUAUUAUGCAAAACAACAGACAGAGUACAUCAUGCAACAGCUAUCGAUGUUGAAAUAAUUGGUGGCUCCUACACUUGAAGUGGAGGAUUCAAGAUAAAGUUCUCAACUUCUUGAUGUCUCCUAUAAUUUUUAAAGAACGUAUUUUCCCUACUUAUAUAUGUAAAGUUUGGUCUAAGGUUGUAAGGUUUGGUUUGAGGUAGUUGGACCUUCUGCUAAUGUGGAAGAGUAUAGUGGCAAUGAAUCCACUACUUACUGAAACAAAAUUAAUCUCUUGAAUGGGAAGAGAAGUGGAUUAUACAAAUUGCGUCCUUCCCCAUGUGCACGUGCCUCCACGCUGCCAGUUAAUUUCCACUUAUGUGGUGUAGAAAACAUUAGGUUCCUUUCCAGGUUGUAGAGUGAAUGUUCUGUUGUAAUUACAUUUUUCUAAGUCCAAACAAAAGGGUAAUCCUUACCAUGUUAAGAUUUGGGGUUCAUCUUAAUAAGGUCAACCUUAUUAAGAAGAGUGACCCAAUAUCUAUUUAAGUUGGUUAAUAUUUCGAUAUUUAACCGAUGUAAGAUUUAUUCCCUUAAUAUGCUCCCGCAAGAUAAUGGCUCUUUUUGAGUAGAAUAAUCUUGAAAUCCGUGUGCUCAUUUUUGAGACUUAAUCAGAUCGAGUAACUCGUUGGAGCUUACUGGGCUUUGAUACCAUAUUAAGAUUUGGGGUCCAUCUUAAAAAGAUUCAAUUUAUGACUGUUGAAACAUAAUAACUCGAAAAGUUUCAGAAUUCCAUGAAAGACAAUCUUAGAAAUCAUUCUCAGGACUCGAAAAUGUCUUUCGACUCAUGUGCACUUUUCCUGACCAAAUAGAGGUUUUUCAAACUUAUAAAUCUUCUUCCUAAUUUAAUAGUUUGAAAUGAGAAGAGAAAUCUAAAUGUUUAAGUACCUUGAUAAUUGUACGUGCGGAUAAUGGAGAUAAAGUGAUACGUUUGUGUGCUACUAAUAUUGUUACUCUGAUAUCAAGGUAUUUUGUUAUUAGUUCUGUAAGUUAAAGUUCAAUAUCAGCUUCCAUUUUCCGUAAUUCCACAAGUGAUUUUCAGUUGUGU